AUGCAGCCCCACCAGGGGUCUGACUUGGCCAAUCACAGCAAGAACAAGAAGCACAUGAACGCCUUGGAGGAAUUGCAGGCUGCUCAAGCUCGGCAGGCUGGGUCAGUUGAUGAUUCUGUGCCUGAGCCAGCUGCAAGGCAUGGGAUAGUUUCAGGGCUGACCACAACGGUGCCAAGGAUGGACACUUGGGUUGCAGCUCUCAAUGGGGUGUUGAAACGAGCUUCAUUCGAAUCGGCAGUGGAUGAUGCUGCAAGUGGCAGCGUCGGGUCUUCGUUACUGGGCCCAGAGGCGGAUUCGUCUUCAACGGUGACUCGAAAGUUGCUUCAAUGUUUGCGCGCCCCCCUCGAUGAGGAAGACCUUUGGGCGAUGCAGAACUCGGUUGCAUCCUCCAUCGGUAUCGACAAAGGAGGAGUGUACUUGGUAGCGUACGCACGUACGUUGACGAAGGCAGGAGGCCUGUACGAGUUCUUGCUCGGGAUCGACAGCAACACAAGCCCUGAUUCGGACGAGGCUGAUGCGGCUCGUGUGACUGUGGAAGCUCUGAAACGCAUUUUGCUCAGGGCAGCAACAAAGAGGGGAACUCAACGCCGGGAGACGCCAUACUUUGGGCCAGAUGAUGUGGCAGAUGAUCGGGCCGCACAGGCCUUUUGUGAUUCUGUUGUAUCCAUCACAGCUGACGGCGGGCCGACAGAGCAGAGGGCUGCCUAUGAAUGCAGUCCCCGAGUGGGGGAGCUAGUUGGCGUGCCUGGCAGACAGGCCCUCUUUCCCCAUUGCGGGCUGAUAACCCGUGACAGGGCUCAUCGUGUCAGGUCUGUGCAGAAGCUUUUUUUCUCGAAACUUCCGCCGGUAUUCCAAGAGUUUAUAAAUUCCUUGAUGCUGGGACCGCGCAGCCUCUGCAGCUUGAUUCAGCAAUCAGAGAAGUUCCGCAAGGCUUUCACCGACAAGCAGAAGAAGUUUCGUUCGGCGGCUGGGGAAGAAGAGCUCGAGACUGCCAUUGGAUUCAGCAACUUGAUCAAGUCUAUGAGUUUUGCCGAUCACCGCUUCGACAGCCGCAUCCGCCCUUUGCACCGGCUGUUCCGCUUGCUUGUGGUUGUUUUGGCUAUGCUUGAAGACAUCGCAAGUGGCCGGGGUCCUUGGCAGCCGGAGGACAAAGCCUUUGCCACAGAACUCCUCCUGCAGUUCAGUGGGGACCAGGGGUUCAACGUCGUUGUGUCGGCAGCCCUUGUGGCUGACACCAUGAUUGUGGCGGCACCUUUUUUGCGGGUGGCUGAUGAAUCAAAUGCAGACUUUGCAUUGUCGGCCGAUGCCGCUGCAAAGUGCCUCGCGGAUUUGCGGCACUUGCUCAAGGAUGGGGGCAUUUGGCUGCCUCAAGCAAAGGACACUUUGGUACAUGGCGUGCUCCGCGCCAUAAAAGACAAGCUGAUCUUUUGUGGCGAGGGGUCCAAGGCCCAGGCUGUUGCCAUCAGGUUCUACGCCAUCUUCGAAGCCUUCUUCAAGAGCCACUUCCCGGGCUAUGAGGAAGCCAAUUGUAUGGUAUUGUUCAACUUGCAAGUGGAGCUGUCUUUGAGCGACCGUGAAAAAUUCACGAAAAGCUUAGCUGAACGUCUGGGCCUGGACGGCGGAAAGGCGUGGGAGUCCAUUGUGGGGAACGGCCGCUCAACUGGUCUUCUGGCCCAAGCCCGCUAUUGGAAUUCCCCAGCUGGGAUUGCUGCAGCUGGAGAUGAGAAAGGAGGUCCUCACCGUUGCCAUCCUCCCGAGUCUCCACAUCAGAAGGCCUGGCUGAGAGUCUGGAAAGACUUGAGCAAGCAGCGGUCAGAUUGCCACAAGGAUGCUAAGCGCUUGAUUGAAUUCUAUCUUGCGUCUCUGUCAGGGACAGGGACGAUUGAAAGAUUCAUCGGCUGCAUUGGCUCCCUCAAGACACCUGGCAGGAAUACCGUGCAUGACAGGAGCUUGGAGGCAAGUCUGAAGCUCCUCCAACAAGAUCUGCACGGCCGCAGGCGGGAGAGACUGUCUCCAAAGUCUCUCUUAAGCAAGGAUGCCCCAGCAACAACUUCAGGGGGUGCCACUGUGCUGCAUCCUGCGACUCCCUAUUUGCUGAAAUGCCAGAGGCUGUAUUCACAAUGGUUUGGGGAGCGUGCCAGUGUUGGUCGAAGCUUGGAAGUGGCUAGUCUGGCUGAUCUGGGCAAGAGCAUGGUUCAACAGAAAAAGCCACGACUCAAGGCAUCGAAAGCUUGCAGCAAGUCGUCUGAGGCCGAGCAGCUGAAGCAGCACACCGCGUCGUGCAAUGCAGCUGUUGCCCAGAUUAAAUCUGGGGAUGUUCCUGAAACUGUCUUGGGCACCGUGCUUCCUGCACCUGGGCCAACCAAGAACAUGCUCGGGGACAUGGCGGACGAGGCAUGGCAGAUGCGCAAGCGACGAAAGCUUCAAGAUGCUGAGCCCAAACCUGUUCCAGAUGUGGCCUCAUCCUCUGCGUCCACACCUUCUGCAAUGGCAGCUCUACUGGCAUCCAAGCCAGCCUCGGACAACAACGAUGUUGAUGGUCUGGAUUGGUCCAAGGCUGUGGCGGCUGUGAAAAAGCAAGCUGAGGUUGCUGAAAAAAGAGCUGCGGCACAGGCUGCUGCCGUUCCGGGCCAACCUGCAAGUUUCGUUGAUUCAACAGGUGGCAGCAUGUUGGUGAAGCCUGAGGGUGCUCCUCUCCGUCAACCUGCUGUGCCCAAGGCGCUGCCUUUGCACCCCACUGUGCUUCUGGGGGAAGGCGUGCGGAAGUCACGUAGACUGCCCCUGCCAAGCGGAUGCGUCUUCACGAACUUCCCCAAAACGGCUGACAUUGUGUUGGUGUCAUCUGUGACAGCUGCCUGGGAAACGGCAGAGGCAUUGCUAGCUCGGCUGGAGGGCGCUUGGCUGCAGGACUUGGAGAACCGCAAGGUCAAGUUCAACGGAAGCAUGCACAAGCAGCAUUUCAUUUUCUUCAUCACUGGUUCUUUUGCAGCUGCUCAUCCACAGCAUUCCCGAGCUUUGCAAGCGUGUUGCGAGCGGAGUCCUUUGAUGAAGUCUGCAACUGCCAAAGCACAUGUCAAACGGUUGGAAGUGCACUCUGGGACAGUGCAAGACUAUGUGGGUCAUGGCAAGAAGCUGCUCUAUCCAAAGCUGACAUAUGAGCUUGUUGUGGGCACUGGUGAGGCUCAACGUGAGACUCAACAUCAGGCUGAAGGUGAGCUUCGAGCCUCCUCGACUCAGCAGUUGGACUUGCGACAGUUGCUCAGCCUUUGCGGACGCUGUGUUGAGGCGACAUGA